UAAAGGGAUUUAUGUAUUGAUCUAUUUAAUUGUGGUUUUCUAGUCUAUAGUGAUCUGUGAUUGUGGUUAGGUAUUAACUUGCGAGCAUAAUGGAAGAAUGGGAGGCAGUAUUAAAAAGUUGCAAAAUGAUAGAGCAAGUGAUACGAAACUUUUCGCUCAAGUGUUAAAAAGCGCGGAAAUUGUACUUGCAGAGGAUUUAGCGCCUUUCGAGCCCGAAAGAGUGGUGUCAUCUCUACUGAAUGAUCCCGUGCAGCUGUUGUGUGUAGUGGCCGCCAGAUGUGCAGACAACGACUGGGCCGCCACUGUGCGAGAAGCACUGAAGCUGCUAGCUUCUACCGUCACCAAACACCGGCUCAGUGAGAAGUACUAUGAGGAUAUUGUGGAGGUACCUCAGACUUAAAGAUGGAUUAUUUAUGAAAUACUAUGAGGUAGUUUACAGCCUCAGUGGCACAGUGGUAUGUGCGGUGGACUUACAAGAUGGAGGUCCUAACUCCACCUAUGCCGGUCCCAAGUCCGGAUGCAAAAGGAGGAGGGUUAGCAGGAGAGACUAUACCUGCUGUAAAAGGUCAACGCCGAACCUCGGGCGGCGGUUAAUAUCCUGACAAACAAUGGCUUUUCUCACACCCAGGAAGCGGUAACCAGUGGCCGUGAGGUCUAAAUCACCUCUAAAAGACUGAUCCGGAACGGUCAGGCCAGAGGUCACACCCAACUCUGGCAGGAUUCCUAAAACCCAAUCCCAUGAUCCAAAAAAACCAAAAUACCCUCACGUAACCCCUUCCUUCCCUUUAUCACGUCCCCAUCAGCACAAGCACAAUACACACCACACCAUACAGUCAGAUACUCCACAAACCACACAUACUUCGGACAAAUAUGAAGACGGAUUCAAAUAGAAAAUUACUACCCCAGGGGGGUACCGGAAACGGACAAUCCUCCGCUGUAGCGGCACCGCCGAUCACUGGAUUACCGGACGGCGGUGCGGCUACAGUCCGCCCUGCGUAUUCUGGGGGGGGCGAGAACCCGCCUUGCGCAUCGCGCACCCAACGACCUGGCAACGAAAAUAGGACCGACGCAUCAACUAAAAACGAACCCACCCAUGACCCAACUACCCUAAUAACGACCGAUACUCAAACACGCCCGACCCCAGCUAGACAGGACUCAGAUUUUAAUAUGACGUCAGUAGCGAUGGCCAUCCCUCCACCCACAGUAAAGUCCGCUUGGGCCACCGUUCAGUCCAGGCACAAGCGGAAAAAGCCUAAAAGGAAAAAGAACAGGACAGACGCACUGACAAAUCCCCCAUCAGGCAUACGCCCAAGCGGGCAGACGUCGGAGAUUGGAAGACUUACGUCAGCGACAGGCGAAACCCGGGCUUGCACGGACAAAGCGGUAACAGGCAUCCUGCACAACAGCAGCUGCCCCCCGCGGAGACUGUCGUCCCACGCCCUGGCACCAGCCGUAGCGCGGUAGUAAACCAGCCAAUCACCGGCGAAAACCUUCCGGCGGAGCCUGCUAAAACAACAUCGGACGCUUUAAGCGAGAACAACCCUGCCCAACGUCGACCACACCCCGUCGCACCCCGGUGCAACAAACACUGGAGAGGGCGGAGCGGUGGUGAGGCCGACGGGAAGGGCGGAAACCCCUACCAGUCAACGAGUCAGCCCAGUCUUAAACGGGGCAGGCUCGAUGACUCAAUCUCACCUAGGGGACAAUCUAAACGGUCCAAAACUACCGGACAUAUAAGAUCGACAUAUGCAGGCGCGACUCAGCAACACCUUAACGUGGCAGUCACCCUUGACCCUAGAACGGACAUGACACAAACAGAGGCGACAGCACUGCAAGAACAAAUACAGGAGGAGGUGUUCGAGGCUUGCCUCAGGGACCCAAUUCCUGGUGUACCUUUGACACAUGCGCCCACAUUCUCAGGAAAAGCAUUCCUUAGUGAAGGCGUCCUGAAAAUGUGGUGCGAAGACGACCAAGCCCUCGAAUGGUUGAAUGCGGUCUUACCAAGACUGAAAUCACCAAGAGAGGGCUUCAGACUUAAUAUAAUAAACCAGCGCGACAUCACAAAAAGGGUGAAAGGGGCGCUCUAUGUACCCAGCUACCGUGGAGAGAUUGGUGUGUUACAUAGGAUCCUCCAACGGCAAAACCCAAAAUAUGAUGUCGGCAGCUGGACUCUUCACAACUUUAAGAGAUCAACAGGGAAACCUCCAGGAGUGUUCCUAAUAUUAGGAAUACCCCAGGAGAGGAUAAAGACCAUACUGGACAACGACAGGAGAAUAGCUUACUCGACUGGGACGAUAUAUCUUAAGUUCUACGUAGGCGAGGAACUUAGCGAUGUACCGCCCAGUCAAGCUACCUCCGAAAAACAGGCAAACCCUGAGACAACAGACGUAGACGCAACUGCGACAACAACCGUAACGACAGCUGACAUGAAAACACAAGACUCUGUACAGGACGAACAAAUGACAAAUGAGACACGCCCCGGACCAAGUACUGCACCCUCAACAAGUGGGAUGAAAUGGGAAGGGACGCGUCCUGAACCAGGCAUCCCACCCUCAACAAGUAAGGUGCAAUGGGAAGAGACGCGCCCCGGACCAAGCAUCACACCCACUUUAGAGGGGAUGCUAUGGGAAAGGGCAUCUAACACUGACGUGACUGAUACGGAUGACGACAUGGCGGACUCAGCUCCGCUAUACACAUUACUAGAGAAAUGUGUCCCCCGGGACGCAUAAGACUAAGACUCUCCACCCGCCUUUAGUAAUGUCAACAUAAUACAGGCCAAGCUCCAGCACAAGAUCCUCGCAACGGCUACCCUACGCAAACAACUGGAGGAAGGGGCCGAAACCAUAGUACUGAUCCAGGAGCCGUGGGUAAGAGGAAACCGCAUAUGUGGUUUUGGCAACUGCAACGGUAAGUUUCUGUAUGACAGUAAACAAACUCCACCGAGAACUUGUAUUUACAUACCUCGCUGCAUCACAGCGACAAUGCUAACACAAUUCUGUUUCAGAGACAUAACAACAAUAAGAAUACAAAGUGGCAUAGGACAACAAACCGGUGCUAGGACAAGACCACUAGUCUUGGCAUCGUUAUAUCUACCCAUUGAAGAACAAAUACCACCGAAAGAGAUGAUGGACCUUAUAAAAUACUGUGAGGACGAAAACACUGACCUCAUAAUCGGAGUGGACAGUAACGCACAUCACACCCUAUGGGGAUGCAACGAAAACAACAAAAGAGGUUUGACCGACAGUCCUCUGUGCAGAGCCUGCAUGGAGGAGGACGAGACACCGCUACACGUUAUGCUCAGUUGCAGAGGCGUAACGGAACAACGAGCAACCUACAUUGGCUCCUCAGCGACACUCCAUGAGGCUAUCGGCGACCUGGGCGGCCUGCUAAGCUUCUGGAGCGAGCUCGGCUGGAUGGAAUAAAUCCAGCGGGAACCUACACCAAGGGACCCACGCACAACGGCCAAACACUUGGCUAAGUGCGGAAACGGCCCAGAAGAAAGAAGAAGAAGAAGAAGAAGAAGAUGGAGGUCCUGGGUUCAAUCCCCGGUUGGGCCAAUUGAAGUUUUCUUAAUUUGUCCAGGUCUGGCUGGUGAGAGGCUUCAGCUGUGGCUAGUUACCACCCUACUGACAAAGACGUACCGCCAAGCGAUUUAGCGUUCCGGUACGAAGUAGUGUAGAAACCGAAAGGGGUGUGGAUUUUCAUCCUCCUCCUAACAAAUUAGCCCACUUUCAUCUUAAAUUGUAUGAUCACUUACCAUCAGGGAGAUUGUAAUCAAGGGCUAAAUAGUAAAGAAUGAAAAAAAAAUGUUUAGUGCUUGCUGCUUACCAACUGCACCAGAGAGGUAUUAAGAUUGCUGGUUAUGUAGUGCUAAGGGUUUUUUUUUCAAGUUCCUUUGGUGUGUCUAUGCUUCAUUUCCCUCCUAUCAGUAGGGUAGCUCAGCCCUGUUUUGAGUUGUAAAAUAAGUUUACAACAUUAAUUGAUUAUGAAACACGGCUAAAACUCACAUGAUAUUAGGUCGGAGUAUGCCCGACUAGUAUGUUUGGAUCGUGCCGCGAUGCAAGAACCAGCUCAUGACUAAGGGCCCUGUAGUGUUCGUGUAUGUAUACACCGGUAGGGGGCGAGAGCGGCCAGUCUAUCGCUGGCAUCGAGAGGAGGCGGACGUGUGCAGCUGGCCAUUAUAGUGUAGUGGUGAGACUGUGACUUACUGCUAUUAUGGUAAGGACAAGGGACCUUACAGGCCCCAUAUGGGUUCGAAACUUGUCGGCCAUUUUUCGACGUAAUAUCACGUGAGUUUUAGCCGUGUUUCAUAAUCAAUUAAUAUGAAUAACACUCAUUAUAGUUUAAAUUCUAAAAUAAGUUUACAAUGACUAUUUGUCUGUGUUAACUCUUGCAUUGGUCUG